GGGCCCGGCUUAUGUCUCCCUGGCUCUAGUUCCCAGGAGGAGUGAGCCCCAGUACAUAGUUGUAUAUCCUAGUUGUAGUUCCUUCUAGUUCUUCUACGUGGGAUGCUGCCUCAGCAUGGCUUGAUGAAGGGUGUGUCUAUCACUCUCCCAGGGUUUGAAAUAAAGACCAGUUCUCUCAAAGAGAAACUUUUAAAACUGAUACUGCAGGAAGAAUUAAAGUGACUCCGCUCAGAAGUGACAAAUCUGAAGAAAAGUCACCGAAUUAGAGAAUGGCAGAAUGUCCUCCUCCUCUCCAAACUCGGUUCUUCUAGGUCCCCGCAUAACCUUUGCCCGCUGGCCGCGUUUCCCAGCUCAGCCUCUAGGGGCCGCAGCCGGGCCCGUAAGCGAGUGGACCAGGACAAAUCCCCUGAGGUGCUGCAGUCGUCGUGCCGUCACGUCCGGUCCGGGCGGAAGUCCUCCGCUGGCCGACCAGGAAGCAGCUGAGGACUGGGCGAUGGCAGUCCUAGAGGCUUCGCUCCGGGACAGACCUGAGGCCGCAGUGCCCCCGCGGUAGACCGGACCAAGGUGGCGGGCUUCGGGUCCCGAGGGAUGGAGGGGUCUAAGACGUCCAGCAGCACCAUGCAAGUGAGCUUCGUGUGCCAGCGCUGCAGCCAGCCCCUGAAACUGGACACGAGCUUCAAGAUCCUGGACCGUGUCACCAUCCAGGAGCUCACAGCUCCAUUACUUGCCACAGCCCAGGUGAAACCAGGAGAGACCCAGGAGGAAGAGGCUAACUCAGGAGAGGAGCCAUUUAUUGAAACUCGCCAGGAUGGUGUCUCUCGCAGAUUCAUCCCCCCAGCCAGGAUGAUGUCUACAGAAAGUGCCAACAGCUUCACUCUGAUUGGGGAGGCAUCCGAUGGAGGCACCAUGGAGAACCUCAGUCGAAGAUUCCAGGUCACUGGAGACCUUUUUGACAUCAUGUCAGGCCAGACAGAUGUGGAUCACCCACUGUGUGAGGAAUGCACGGAUACUCUUUUAGACCAGCUGGAUACUCAGCUCAACGUCACUGAAAAUGAGUGUCAGAACUACAAAUGCUGUUUGGAGAUCUUAGAGCAAAUGCACGAGGAUGACAGUGAACAGCUACAAUUGGAGCUAAAGGAGCUGGCAUUGGAGGAGGAGAGACUGAUCCAGGAGCUAGAAGAUGUGGAAAAGAACCGUAAGAUAGUGGCAGAAAAUCUUGAGAAGGUCCAGGCGGAGGCUGAGAGACUGGAUCAGGAGGAAGCUCAGUAUCAGAGGGAAUACAGUGAAUUUAAACGACAACAGCUAGAACUGGAUGAUGAGCUGAAGAGUGUAGAAAACCAGAUGCGAUAUGCCCAGAUGCAGCUGGACAAGCUGAAGAAAACCAAUGUCUUUAAUGCGACCUUCCACAUCUGGCACAGUGGACAAUUUGGCACAAUCAAUAACUUCAGACUGGGUCGCCUGCCCAGUGUUCCUGUGGAAUGGAAUGAGAUUAAUGCUGCUUGGGGCCAGACAGUAUUGCUGCUCCAUGCGCUGGCCAAUAAGAUGGGUCUGAAAUUUCAGAGGUAUCGACUUGUUCCCUAUGGAAACCAUUCAUAUCUGGAGUCUCUGACAGACAAAUCUAAGGAGCUGCCAUUAUACUGUUCUGGUGGGUUGCGGUUUUUCUGGGACAACAAGUUUGACCAUGCAAUGGUGGCUUUCCUGGACUGUGUGCAACAGUUUAAAGAAGAGGUUGAGAAAGGCGAGACACGUUUUUGUCUUCCUUACAGGAUGGAUGUGGAGAAAGGCAAGAUUGAAGACACAGGAGGCAGCGGCGGCUCCUAUUCCAUCAAAACCCAGUUUAACUCGGAGGAACAGUGGACAAAAGCUCUCAAGUUCAUGCUGACGAAUCUUAAGUGGGGUCUUGCUUGGGUAUCCUCACAGUUUUAUAACAAAUGACUUUCUUUUUUCCUUGGAGGGAUGUUUGCCUUAAAGGCUUUAAAUUUUGUUUUGUUUGCAAAAAAAAAAUGUUUUAAAUUAAAUUCGGGUACUAUUAAACAGCACAUGUUUACAAUACCAAAAAAGAAAAAAUCCACAAAAGCCACUUUAUUUUAAAAUAUCAUAUGACUGAUAGUUUCCAGAACUACAACAUGCCAUGUAUAGCUACCAGCCUUUGUCAUAGUUUUGACUCUUAACUCCACGCUUUCCUUUCCCUCUCUCCCCUUAAAAAAAACUAAUUUAAGUUUGCUUUUGUUUUUUUUUAACUGAGUUGAAUUGAGAUUGAUAUGUUUUCACUGGAUUGUCUCUCUCUCAACUUCCUGAACUUACAAUAUGAAAUAUAAACUUUUGUCUCCACUGAGAUGAAAAGAUGUGUGAGACACACAGUUGGAUAACGUGAGAAAAUGACAUAUAAGCUUUGGUCACCAUGUGAUGUGAUCAGAAGCUUGAAAUUUAACACUUCUCCUCACUCAGUUCUAGUACUAAAUGCCUACUCUGCUCUGUGUUAGAGAUAUGAAAUGGUGUUUGAUACUGUUUGGGACAUUAUGGAGAGAUUUCAUUAUUUGUAAUAAAAGAUUUACUACAAUCUGAUAA